AUGCCAGUCAGUCCAGGUCCUGGCCACGAUGAGCCAGCCAACGAGUCCGGCCUCCCUGGCGAAGGCGCAAUGGCAACAGGAGAGCCAGAGCCUGUGAACACCGCCACUGCGAUCGGAGGGCCCACGGAAUUCGAAGCAGAGAAGGUCGUGAGCAACGAGCCAGAACCGGUCACUCACCAAAACAGCGGGCUGUGGCGCCACGAUACUGGAGACAGCUCGUACACGGACAUUGGUUCGCCAUCGUCACCAUGUCCACCCACGAAGGCCGAGGACGACGAAGUCCAGCGAGAAGAUAACACGAAUGCUUUGACAUCAGUCCAGUCCCACCGACGAAACUCCAAGGAGAUCAUAUCGUUCCUCCCAUCCUCGCCAGAGCAUCCCCAGAACUUCUCGCGCAAACGCAAGCUCCUUGUCUUUGCAACUGGUAUUAUGACCGUAUUGAACUCGACGCUAGGGUCAUCCCUGCCUUCGAAUGCAACCGUACAAAUUACCACUCAUUUCAACGUCACAGAUGAUCUCCAGUUCUCCCUCCCGAUCUCCUGCUUCCUGAUGGGCUAUGUCAUCGGACCCAUUCUCUGCGGACCGCUCUCAGAGAACUAUGGGCGGAAACCCAUCAUGGUCGGAGCCUUCUGCGCAUACAUCGUGUGGACGAUGGGCUGUGCUGUCGCGCCAACCUGGCCAGCUUUGUUGGUCUUCCGGUUGCUCUGUGGCAUCUUUGCCAGUGCACCGAUAGCAAUCGUCGGUGGGCUGUAUGCGGACAUAUACGGUGAUCCGAGGAGUAGAGGGGCUGCGAUGGCGUACUUUAUGGUGGCAACCACAUUGGGCCCUAUAAUGGCUCCAAUUGUAAGUGGCUUCAUUGCGCAAUCGACGAGUUGGCGGUGGGUGUUUGGCGCCGGGACCUUCUUUGCUUUAGCGACGCUACCGUUACCGAUCAUAUGCGAGGAGACAUAUCUACCUGUGUUGCUGGAAAGAAAGGCAAGACAGAUGAGGAAGGAGCAAGGUAGAGACGACAUCAUCGCGGCGACAUCGUUGGAGAAGAAGAGCUGGAGUUACGUCUUCAGCGUAGUGAUGACAAGGCCAUUCAGGAUGCUCUUCCAGGAGGCCAUCGUGAGCUGCGUGUGCUUGUAUGCGAUGCUGGUCUACGCAAUAUUCUACCUGUACUUCGGGGUUUAUCCACUGAUCUUCCUGGGAGAGAGCAGCGUUUACAAGUUUAGCCCGGGCAUUGCCGGGCUUACGUUCAUAGCCAUCAUGGUCGGAUCCAUGACUGGUCUACCUAUUUUCAUCUGGUGGGACCGGUUCCUUGCUCGGAAGCAGGAGGAAGGCGCCGCGUGGGCAAAACAGGAGGAAUACAGACGUCUUCCGCUGGCCUGCUUAGGGGGGCCGAUGUUUGUGGUGGCCAUUUUCUGGCUUGGAUGGUCUGCAAGAGCGGAUGUGCAUUGGAUCGUGCCGGUACUGAGUGGUGUUCCAUUCGGCUGUGCAUACUUGCUCAUCUUCAUGGCGCUGCUGAAUUAUCUGAGUGACGCUUACCUGACUUUUGCCGCGUCGGCCCAAGGUAUGGCGAGCACGUGCCGCUCCCUCGGAGGCGCCACGUUGCCGAUCGCUGGGAGAAGAAUGUUCACGAAUCUGGGGAUCGCCUGGGCCUGCACUCUACUGGCUUUCGUAGCGUUAGGGGUCGCAGUCAUCCCAUUUGUCUUCAUCCGGUAUGGCGAAAAGAUCAGGGCCAACUCCAAAUUCUGCCAGGAGCUGAGACGAAUUCAAGAGGAGGAAAGGGAGGCGGAGAAAAGAGAGGAGGCACGCCAGAAUCGGCACGAGGUCGAUCCGGGACACGGUGGUGACGAGAAGCGAAGGGCAGACGCCGUUGCUGAGGUGUAG